AUUCGCGUGGCCGUUCACCAGGAUGACGAUGUUAGAAUUAGAGAAGAACUCGCGGGUCAUAAUCGUCACGGUGGUUUACCUGAGCCUCUUCUUGGACAACGUGUUGCUCACGGUUGUUGUGCCGAUUAUUCCCGAUUACCUUUGCACUCUCGAGGGAAACUCGACGAGCAACGAAAACGAUGAAAACGGCCGAGUUGGAUUAUUGCUGAGCUCGAAGGCUCUCGUACAAUUAAUACUAAAUCCUGCUGUGGGUACUCUUACCGGUACCCUGGGGUAUUCGAAACCGUUGUUCCUCGGAAACUUGAGUCUUCUGUUGGCGGCAAUGCUGUUCGCGUUCGGGCAAACUUACGAGGUCCUGUUUCUUGCUCGAAGUAUCCAGGGCAUUUCCUCCGCGUGCAUCGGAGUUUCCGGGAUGUCGUUGGUCGCCUCUCAAUAUACUGAAGAGGACAAGAGGUCCAAGAUCAUGGGUUUCGUUUUAGGGAGCAUCGCACUCGGUGUCCUCGUGGGAUACCCCAUUGGAUCGGUGCUUUACGAUCUCGAGGGAAAAAUGGCACCGUUUUUACUAGUCUCCUGUUUCAUCGUUGUUGCCAUAUGUCUGCAAAUUUUGACUUUGGACGUUCAGACUAACACCAAGUCUUCUAGCGAGCAGAAAACAUCGUGGACACAUCUGCUAUCUGACCCACACAUACUCAUCAUUUUUGGAGCUAUAUGGUGUUCAACCUCUCCCAUGGCAAUUUUGGAACCCUGUUUACCAAUAUGGCUGCGAAUGCACGUAAAACCCAAGAAGUGGCAGCUAGGAACAGUGUUCAUUCCGGACAGCGUCGGAUACCUGGUUGGAACGAACUUUUUUGGCGUGAUAGCUUAUCGUUACGGCCGCAGUAAAGUCGCUGUUCUGGCCAUGUUCGUCGUUGGUAUAAGUGCUAUACUGAUACCGUCCGCUGUCACAAUGUCUCAGCUGAUUGUUCCUCAUCUGGGGAUGGGAUUGGGUAUCGGUGUAGCGGACGCAGCUCUUGUGCCACUGUUGGCUAGCUUGGUGGACCAAAAUGGCGACUACGGACCCGUUUAUUCUAUUCAACAAGUGGCUGUUAGUUUAGCCUACUCUCUUGGACCUAUCCUUGGCGGUGAGAUGGUAAAAUCGAUUGGAUUCCAAUGGGUCAUGAGAAUCGUCGGCUUAAUGAACGUUGCCUACUGUCCCCUGCUGAUCUAUCUCACCCUGGAGAGGAGAAAAUCAUUGACCCAAGACGAUGAAAAGAAGGAUUACGAAACCUUUCAGAAAUCCGUGGCUAAGUACGAACGGUUUCAGGAGUCAGACGAUGAUCUUUGAUCCUUUCAAUUUUCCCUGCAACAAAUAAUUCCUCUUUUAAUCCUGAUCAAGGAGCGGAUCAAGAGUACAAUUAACUGUGUAAGGAA